CAAUCGCGUUCACUUUCACUCUUGCCGCACGCCGUCGCGGUCUCCCACGGGUUAUUCUCGUCGUUUCGUACACAGCUGGCUUUAGUGCACCGUGAAUCUCCGCCAUGAAACAGCUCGUGCCGUCCGCCGCCCUCGCCGGUCUGCUGGCCGUCCAAACCCUGCUCGUGCUCGGCGUCCUGGACUUGAACGGGUCCGAGGUCCGGGCCCAGGAGAGCCCCUUCGAGUUGCCCGUCCAGCUCAUCGGUUUCCCCGUCAUCAUCGUCGCCGUCAAGAUGUCCAAUUUCGUCAAGAAACUCGCCUACGCCCUGAGCCCGAGCACCUACAGGAGAAAGGCUAAGAGGGACUUGGAAGCUGCGACAUCAGCCGCUGGGACUUUGUCGUCCUUGGACGUGCUCAAGGCUCAGGAGAUGAUACUGAAGGAAAUGGGUCCUGACGCUUGCGUCUACGAGAAGGUGUGCUCUGCGUACGCCGAGGCGGCCACGCUUGCCAAAAAAGAUCGCCGCAGUGGUAAGGCCAGGGUGGACCGAAUGGACUGGGAAAAGAUCAUCAGCGGAUACAUGGAAACCGGACAGGCCAAAAAGAAGUAUUACAUGUUGAGCGUGUUCCUGGGCGAUGUGCUGGGUUCGCCCGAGUUCUGUUCGAGGAUCGUAAGGAAAAUCAAACGGUGUGACGCCAAACACAUAUACCACUGACACUGCACAUAAUAUGUGUUAAAUAUUUCAAAAACUAUAUUUAUUGAACAAAAUAAUUUGUAAUUAUAAAUAAUAGUCUUAAAAAAAUAUAAUAAUAAUAAUGUAAUAAUAAUAUUAUGAGACUAAGUGCAUGCUCAUCACGAUGCCGUCGUAUCAUUGCUAUUGUCAUUACCUAUUACUAUCGUCGUGUAAUGUCAUCGUUUUAAAUGUUCUCUUAAUUUUUUUACAACCAAAUCUGAAAUGUAAUAUUAUUAUAUAAUAUCGUACUAUAACACCAUUGUCCUAAUGUGUAAAUAAUCAAAAUGUUUUAUAGAUUUAUGUAGAUAGAAUAUUAAUUAAAUAUAUAUAUAUUUUUUAAUGAAAUGUGAACCGACAUAAUUAUGAUGUUUGGUGUUUACAAAUAUAAUAUUAUAAUUGAUAAU